CAGCCCAAGCAGCUGCCACAGCCCCCGCGGCACCCACGGAACCCACAGCUCACACAGAUUACGCGUCUCCCACAUCUUACCCAGCCCCCGCUGCCCCCACGGUUCCCACCGCAUCUGCAGCUCCUGUAGCUCUCGCAGUCGAGCCGCCAGUCCGCCCUCGAUCCCCACCCUCCCCCAACCGCGCGAGCAUCUCGACAGCCAUCCGCAGGGGCAAAAUCACCUUCAAUCUUGUCAACUUCCCGCAGCCGGACCUUGACGUGCUAGGCCUGGUGAUCAACAACAACUGGCCAACAGGCGUAGAAAAUACACCGACGAGCGGCACCCCGCCAGAGGACAGCCGCAGCCGCUCGGUCAGCGUCAGGGCCAGGGGCGGAAAUGGCGUGCUAUAUCGCCCGUCGCUCUUCGACACCAUGACGCGCGACUUUAUCCGUCUGCAGUUUCAAAUCGUGCGUGCGUUGUACGACCGCGGCUGGAUCUUCCAACACAUACUAGCGCGGCCGACGCACUCGCCCAUCGUGGCGGCUGAGUUGGAUUUUCAGCGUGUCGACGGGCAAAACUGGAUCUUUGCCCGCUUCGAGGAGCACCCCGUCCUAUGCGAGUGGUUCAGCCUAUCGAUGCACUGCCCGCGCGAGCUGGUAAUCGUCGGCGACUUCCCACAGGAUCUGCGUGCUGCCGUCCUGGCCCGCGUCGGCCCCCACCGGUUCCAACACGGCGUCCGCGGCUUCUACCCCGGCUCCGGGAUGGUGGUGCAUGAAGAGAAGGAAGACGAGGCCGUGCUGAAGAUGUUGGGCGUUCUGGAUCAGUUUGGCUACACGGUGUACACGAGCUUCUCCACCUGGCCCGUCUCCAUCAUUGUCAACCGGCCCAUAGUGCGUGGUGGCAAUGGUGCACCCAGUAGCUCGGGGUCUAGUCCUUCGAGAUCCAACAGCUCGGAAAAUAAUGAAGCACGUCAGGAUGCGAAUAGCGGUCAAAGGGGGCAGGAAGCGUGAUGCUGCCACUGGAAGGCUUCAAAUUGGGUAGGCCGAACAAACCUAUGUCUGAAAGCAGUUUACUCUGUCAGUCUUUCAAUAUCAUAAAUCCCUGCU